AUGGACUCGGAUAUUGAACAUAUCAUGGAUCAAUUAAAAAAGGCGAGAAGUAUUGCAAAAGGAAACGUAACGCGAAAGGCUAAUAAAGUCAAUGAGAUACUGACAUCAUGCGACAAUGUCGAUUCUGUAAAGGAAAUUGCUAAGGAACUAGAUGAAGUUUUAAAACAUUUCGAAGUUGCGCAUGAAGCUUACCAUAAUUUGCUCAAGGAAGAACAUGAAGUCGAGGAAUCUAAAUUGUAUUUUAAUUCGGUUAACGAACUCGUUUCGGAGCAUAGGACGAAAAUUCAAUCGUGGCUUGAACAACCGGCUAUUCAACUUGGGCAAGAAAGCCAAAACCAAAUUCAACCAGAGGAUUCUAUUUCCACUGCCGGAUCACACAAGUCGUCGCGUUUUCAAACACGAUCAAUUGCUACCUCAGUUAGGAGUUCGUCUAGCGCAAGGGCAAGAGCUGCCGCAAAACAAGCCGCGCUUGAAGCGAAAGCGAAUGCGCUUAACAAACUGCAUGAACUUCAAUUGGAAGAGCUCAAAAUAAAACAGAAAAAAUCCCAAGUCGAACUUCAAGCAGAAAUAGCUGCCGUGGAAGCAGAGAAACAUGUCUAUGAACAAUCUGAAGCUAGUGAUGUUAACUCCAACCGAUCUGCCCGUUCGCGUCACGUUGCGGCGAAGUCGAUUCAGCAACACGUCCGCGCAAAUAAACCGGCAUCUCUCAAACCACAUGCUACAGAGAAUAGCCUACGACAAAGGGAAGCGUUCAAUAGUCAGCAGCUAAACCCGACUACUCCGGAGUGGACUCCAGCCAGUGCGCUCCCUCAUGAUCACUCGUUCCAGCGUCUAAUGGAAACCCAAGACCGCCAGAACGUUGUUCUUCAACAGAUGAUUCAGCAACAGAUGCAAGGCGUAACAGCGCUAACAUUACCACAACCUACCAUGAAGAUCUUUAACGGAGAUCCUAUCGAAUAUUGUGACUUCAUCCGAAGUUUCGAACAUCUUGUCGAAACGAAAACGCCAAGUUCCAGCUCCCGCCUCUAUUACCUAGUACAGUACACGUCUGGGCCGGCCCAGGAACUCAUGAAGAGUUGUUUGUCCAUGGAACCAGAGAAGGGUUACAACGAAGCAAGACGUUUACUCAAGGAAAGGUACGGACAGAGUUUUCGAAUAGCUGCAGCGCAUAUAGGAAAACUGACAGAAGGACCACCAAUCAAGGCUGAAGAUGGAAAUGGGCUUCUCCAGUUUUCAAUCCAACUGACAAGUUGCACCAACACCUUGAAAGAAAUCGGCUCCCUGACGAAACUGGACCAUCCCGAGAACCUACGAAAGAUUAUUAACCGCUUGCCGUUUGGAAUGAGACUGAAGUGGCGGGAUGUUGUCGAUGGGAUCGUAGCUAAGCAAGGCCGAGAUGUCACGAUAAACGAUGUCACAGAGUUCGUAACGGUUAAGGCAAGAGCAGCUACCCACCCAGUCUUCGGGAAGAUUGUGAACGAAAACAAGGGAAGACAAGAGGAAACAAAGGGAAAGAGAACGCACGACAGAAGAGCAAACGGUUUUGCAACCCAAGGAGACCACAAAGCGGGUGGCAAAGACCAAGACGGCAGGACAUGCAAGAAUAUAUGUCCCUGCAAUGAAAACCACUGGCUAGCUCGUUGCGGAAAGUUCAGGAAGAUGUCACUUGAUCAGCGAAUGAAAUUCGUGAAGAACAAGAGACUUUGUUUGAAUUGCUUCAACGCUGGACAUUUUGUACGCUCGUGCCCUAAAGAGAGUUUCUGUAAGAUAGAAGGAUGCACCGGUAAACACUCAACGUUUCUACAUCCCAAGCCUACACCGAAUGAUCACGAAGACAAAAAACCCCUUUCAAAUCAAGCUACAAAGGAAGAAACUGAGGGAUCAACGAAUUCUGCCAACAACGGUUACGUAAGGAGAUCUCCAAAUAGGGAACAGUUGAAGAAGUCCUCGGUCACGGGUCUAGCUGUAGUUCCGGUUCGAGUUAGAGUGAAAGGUUGCACCGAAAUGGUAGAAACCUACGCGUUCUUGGACUCUGGCUCAAACACCUCCUUUUGUACAGAAGGCCUUUUGAAGGCAUUGAACAACGAAGGAAGAAAAGCGAAGUUGUCGCUGACAACGAUGCUCGGCGAAGGUGCCCCAGUUGAAUGUUCUCUCGUCGAGAUGGAAGUUUUCGAUCUGGAUCAACGAAAUCAUGUCGAUCUCCCUAAGGUUUAUUCAACCAAGAGCCUGCCCAUUCGCGCAGAAUGCAUUGGGAGGCAAGAAGAUAUCGAACGAUGGCCAUACCUAAAGGGCAUAACAAUUCGACACAUUGAUGCUGACGUAGGCCUCCUUAUCGGUAGCGACGUUCCAAAGAUGCUACAGCCUGAAGAGGUACGGAUGAGCAAGAAUGGGGGCCCUUUUGCCACAAAAACACUAUUCGGAUGGGUUCUGAAUGGACCGCUGGGUAGAGAAGAUGUCGACGUCCCGACAGCAAAUCCCGUUCAAGCAGACAGCACACUGGAGCAGCGCUUCGAAGAGUUUUGUAAUAUGGAGUUUAAUGACGUGAACCGUGAACUCGAAUCGACUAUGUCACAGAAUGACAAAAAGGCUUUGAACAUAAUGGAAGGGUCAGUAAAGUUAGUGAAUGGACACUACGAGAUUGGUAUGCCUUGGAAAAAGUUCCCACCUUACCUGCCUAAUAAUAUGCCUCAAGCCCAACGACGUCUAGGAUCUCUUAAAAGGCGACUUCAACAAGAUCCAUCACUUCUGGAAAAGUACAAGAAGUUUAUGGACAAUCUAUUCUUGAACGACUAUGCAAGAAAGGCUACUACACAAGAUAUCGGUCCGCUGAAAUCAUUCUGGUACCUUCCCCAUCACCCGGUGUUCCACCCGCAAAAACCCGAAAAGAUUCGCGUCGUGUUUGAUUGCUCUGCCAAGUACCGUGACACCUCGUUGAACGACCAGCUGUUACAGGGGCCGGAUCUUACGAAUACGCUCGUUGGCGUGUUAACGAGGUUCAGGGAAGAACCGGUGGCGAUGAUGGCGGACAUCGAGGCAAUGUUCUAUCAAGUACGCGUUCCUUCAAGUGACUGCGACGCCCUCAGGUUUCUGUGGUGGCCCGACGGCGAUCUCUCCAAAGACCCAGAGGAGUAUGAAAUGCGAGUGCAUCUUUUCGGCGGAGCGUCAUCACCAAGCUGUGCCAACUUUGCACUCAAGAGGACCGCCAAAGAUAACCAGGCUGAAUUUGAUCCUAAGGUUAUUGAAACCGUAGAAAGGAACUUCUAUGUCGACGAUUGCCUUAAGUCAGUUAGCGAAGAAGAAGAAGCUGUUAAUCUGUCACAGCAACUACGUGAGCUGCUGGCCCGAGGAGGUUUCAAGUUGACGAAAUGGCUGUCGAAUUCAAGAAGGGUCGUCGAAGCGAUCCCCGAAUCUGAAAGAGCAUCUAUCGUCAAGAACCUCGAUUUCAACUGUUGGUCUGUCGAGCGAGCUCUGGGAACGCAAUGGAAUAUAUCAUCCGAUCAGUUUGGCUUCAGCAUCGUUAUAAAGGACCGUCCUCCCUCGAGAAGAGGCAUAUUGUCGAUCAUUAGCUCGGUGUACGAUCCACUCGGGUUCGCCGCCCCGUUUGUAUUCCAAGCUAACUUAUCCUUCAAGACCUUUGUCGCAUGA